AUACAGGUGGUAAUCAAUUUGCCAUGGUUACUACACUUUUACUAUAAUAAAACUUUGCUUAACUUUCAUACAGGUUAAUUUGUGAGCUGUUGAACUGAAAGGACAAACUCAGAGAGGAUGAAUAACUCUACAGUGAACUUCACCACACCUGAAGCAUCUACAAACUCCACAACUCAGUCCAUUGGACUUCUGGACAGUCUGGAAAUCUGUGUGUACAGCAUCAGUUUUCUGUUUGGUCUUCCUACACACUCCUAUGUUAUAUGGCUCAUCAUCACAGGAACAGGAAAUGGAGUCGUAUCAGCCUUCUUCAACCUCAAUCUGUCUGUUUGUGAGAUUGGUAUCUGUCUGAAUUGUUUUGUAUAUGUACUAUCAUAUUGGAUUUUCAGUCUCUCAACAUUAAAAGUUUUUUUAGUAGGACUUACCACCUCUGGCCGUCCUCUGUUUCAAUGUCUGAUCUCUGUUGAGCGUUACCUGGCAGUGGUUCAUCCUGUAACCUUUCUGAAGUACAAACCUCUCAGAUAUAGAGUGAUCUGCUGCACUGUGGCCUGGAUAAUCACUCUUGGCUCCUGUUUGGUCUGCAUGUAUACUUUAAGUGAAGAGAACUGGCCUGUAUGGUUCUUCUUUCUGCAGUUCCUGCUCUUCUUCUCCAUCCAGUUGUUUUGUCUUGUGGCUGUUCUCAGAGCUCUGAAGCAGUCAGGACCAGGAGAGAGAGGGAGAGAGAGAGUAGAGGAAAACCACAUGAAGAGAAGAGCGUUUUAUCUCAUUGUAAUAACUACUGCAAGCAUGGCUAUCAUAUAUGUCCCAUAUACAAUCAUAGGAUUCUUUACCAUUAUGGUAAAACAGGUUAUUAAUCUUCUUUGGUUUGUUGGUUUUACUUGUUAUAUACUGGCUGGUUUUGUGCAUCCUGUUCUUUAUUUGCAGCGCACUGGAAAACUGUUGUGCCUCAGUUUGCUAUAAUAUUUGCAACUGCAGUAUUUUAGUAGAUUAAGAUAGUGAACUUAUCGAUAAUGUUUAUUGCUCUGUGAAAACUCCAACUACCAGUUUUUGAGUAUUUUCUCUGAAUUAGGGUCUUUGACACCUCAAUCAUCAUUACUCUGCCAAAUUAAAGCAGAUCAAUGCUGCUUCCAAAUUCUUCCAUCAUAAGAGUCACCUUAUGCCAAGAGUUUCUGAUGCCAUGCCAAUUGCUGCAUCACCCUUUACUAGAUUUAAUAUAGCAACAUUGUGUCAUAAGAGUAACACACAAGUUGCAUUGUGAUCCCUCCCAAAAUGCACCGAGUUUCGCAUUGAAGAGUCUGUGUAAAUGUACCUUUUUGUAGUAUAUAUGCUACAUCAAUGCAGCAUCUGAGUCUUUGCAGUGUAAAGUGCUUCAGAACAUGUUAGUGUUCACUGUUUAUUCACAAAUUGAUUUACUGAUUGAUGGUUACCACAGAGAUAAAUAAACUUGACUUCCUGUCAACACAAAUGUCUAAAUGAUUUAUUCCAUCUCUGAUUUUUAAACACCCAGUCUAAGAAUUUGCAUUUGCAAGUGGAACCUGUGCUCUUUUCUUUUUUUUUUUUUUUUUCUUUUUCUUUUUUUUUUUUUACAGAUUUGAGUC